UACAAGUUUAUUUAUUUCUACAUUAACCUUAAGUGUGCACUACAUUCGUUUAAUAGCAUCUCUGUGACUAUAGAUGUUAUAUAUGGUUCACUAUCAAGGGGCCUUAGCAAACUUCUAAGAGGGCACAUAAUAUUCCUAUCUACUUUAAAAUUAGACAAAAGAUGUAAAAGAAGCUAUAUCAAUUAAAAGAAUCUAGAUAUUUUCUUAUCGGUAUCCUCUAGGUAACCUAAUUGUAACCUAAAUGUGUGACUUCUAGACAUGUAAAAGUCAUAACUUCAUUUUACAUUUUUAUACAUUUUCACUAUAGAGUUAAAGCUCACUUUAGGGAUUAAACACUACAGGUGGUUAAGCCCUGAACAUCCAAACUCACUAUUUUAGUUUACUAUAUUAUGCCUUAAUCUUUUACCACAAUCUGCACUGCAACCUUCACACACUUGAUAGCCUAACCAUCUCUGCAAACUCAUGCUAUUCAUGUGCUGCUUAAGCACAGUUGUUCAUGGACAGGAAUAACUGAAAAUAUUUAUUUAUGUGCUCCUGGGACUCUCACCUUUUGGAAGACAAUAUUUUUCUCUUAAACAAGUCCUCAAACAAGCCCUUACAGAGGGUUCACCACAAGGUGAAAGCAAAGUCAGACUUGACUUUGCAAAAAGACUUCUAAAAAGCCUGACCACUUCUGCAAAAGCAUUCUUUGUGCGGCUGAUAUUAAGAUCAAGCUGUACCAGAAUCAUGAGAAGAUAAAAGUAUAUUGAAGGCUUGGAACAGCUCGUGAUCCAAAGCAACAACAUCUGUGAAACACGGUGGAGCAGUGGGAAGGCAUGAGCAUGCAUGGCUUCCAGUGGCACUGUGUUAAUGCUGUUCAUUGAUGACGAGACAAAAGACAGAAGCAACUGGAAGAAUUCUGAAGGGGGUAUACUCUCUGCCCUGAUGGCCAAGUCUGUCUCCUGAUCUCAACCCCAUUGAGCAUGCAUUUCACUUGCUGAACUAAAAUCAGAAAGACCUACAAACAAACAGCUGAAGUCGGCUACAGUAAAUGCCUGGAAAAGCAUCACAAACGAGGAAACCCAGUCUCUGGUGGUGUCCAUGAUUUCCAGACUUAAAUCAGACUUAACUGCUGAGCUUUAGUCUGUCAGGUGUAUACAAUGAAAUACUGACUACAAGAAACAUUUACCUCUGUUUGAAUCGUGUGCUUACACAAAAUAAAUAAAUAAUAAUUUCAUGAUAUAAUGUCAAGAAAUGUUAAAAGAGGUAAAAGUCACAGCAUUAGAGUGUUGAACAGAAAGUUCAGGAACUCUGCAAACGGCCAGUUUGCAAUUAAUAUUUAAGGACUGUAAGUAAUACAAUCCUCCACUGCAGACUGUUUUUCUCAGCACAUGAAAAGCACAUAGAAUAAAUAAAAGGCUACGCUUAUAACUACAUCCACAUUUGUGAAUACAGAGUGUACCACACAGAUGAAGUGUGAAUCUGAAGUUGUCAAACAUCAAGUUGUGCCAGCACUGGUCACAGUACCUGCUCCAUCUCAAUUGAGGGUUAUGUUACAGGAUUUCCAAUCAUUUGAUCAGGCAGGGCUGUGGCCGCCUCCUGACACUCAUGAUUAAUUUAAAACAGGAAGCUGCAAGCGUACACCAGUCCUGCCAAGUCACCAUGGCUGCAGUAGUGAAGGGAGGGGGGUUGGUGUCUCUGGGCACCUGCUUCUGAAAAAGACACACCAGAAGAGAUGCAUCGCCCCAGCCGCACACAGCACAGCUGCUGCCAAAGAUCGCUCUUCUCCAUGGCUGGUGUCAGACAGCUCAUCUUACUUCUUCUCUACUGUGAGGGGAUGAACACUGAAACAACCCCUUCCCCUCAGUCUGAUCCUUUAAUUACAACACGAAAAGCUGUAUCCAAAGGUCAAAAUCAAGUCAUUAUUGAACAGCUGGAAAUCCUGACACCCCAGUAUAUAGAGCUUUUAUGUAACCUAACUGAUAUACCAAAUAACCCUCCGUACAUUACUGGCUAUUGGACUAAAGAUGGACAAGAAAUAGAAAACUCUGAAGAAACUGUAAAUAGAAACAAUGAACAGUAUAUCCUUAAAAAGACUUUCAAUAUACUGGCCAGAGACCUGGGAAACUAUUCCUGCAUCUUCAGAGAAAAUCAGGCACAAGUCACAUUUGUUUUAGAUGUUCCUGUAAUAAAAGACAAAAGAGACAAGCCGGUAGUGAGUUACACUGGAGAUUCAGUUGUACUGGAUUGUAAACUCAAACACACACCAAACACCUGGAUCUGGUACAAGGCAAACAAUACUGGAAAGGAGCUCAUCAAUGUUACUGCAAACCCUCUGAAGUACAAGAUCUUUAUUUAUGGGAAUAAAACAAAACUGACCGUACUGAAUCUGACUGAAGAGGAUUCUGGGAAGUACAUAUGCAGCGCUGAGUUUGAUAUCAAACCCAGUGAGUCUUACGUCGAGCUGAAGGUCUUGUCGUAUACUGAGCCUCUCAAGCCCUUCAUUGCUAUAGUGGUUGAAGUCAUUGUCCUCGUCACACUGAUUUUGCUCUGGGAAAAAUGCAACAAGCCGCAAAAUGACAACAUUUCUGCAGGAGAGAAUGAGCCCUGCUCUGAACAAAUCAGCAAACUCACUCGUGAUGAAAGCAAUGGAGUGGAGAAAAACACAGCAAGACAAAGAAAACUGGAGCACUGAGACAUUAUUAUUAUUAAGUGUUAUGAGUUAUUCAUAUUAACAGUUGAAAAAAAAGUGUUUAUGUAGAAAAACUUUUUAUUCUGCUUUAUAAUCUUGUGGCUUGAAUCAUCAAGUAACAAGCAAUAAGGUUUUUUUGCCUAAACGAAUUCAGUCACAGCAAUAUAUGUAAACAUAUAUUAUAUACCAUUACAUAUACAUACUGUAUAUUACAUUCUCUAUAUUACAUAAAUGUAUAAGGCAUGUUUUCAUAAUCUUCAAUAUAGUAUAUACACUCACCUAAAGGAUUAUUAGGAACACUAUACUAAUACUGUGUUUGACCCCCUUUCACCUUCAGAACUGCCUUAAUUAUACAUGGCAUUGAUUCAACAAGGUGCUGAAAGCAUUCUUUAGAAAUGUUGGCCCAUAUUGAUAGGAUAGCAUCUUGCAUUUGAUGGAGAUUUGUGGGAUGCACAUCCAGGGCACGAAGCUCCCGUUCCACCACAUCCCAAAGAUGCUCUAUUGGGUUGAGAUCAGGUGACUGUGGGGCUAUUUUAGUACAGUGAACUCAUUGGCAUGUUUAAGAAACCAAUUUGAAAUGAUUCGAGCUUUGUGACAUGGUGCAUUAUCCUGCUGGAAGUAGCCUCAGACCAGGCAACAUUCUUCCAGUUUUCAACGGUCCAAUUUUGGUGAGCUCAUGCAAAUUGUAGCCUCUUUUUUUCUAUUUGUAGUGGAGAUGAUUGGUACCCGGUGGGGUCUUCUGCCUCAAGGUUGGUCGUGUUGUGGCUUCACAAAUGCUUUGCUGCAUACCUCGGUUUUAACGAGUGGUUAUUUCAGUCAAAGUUGCUCUUCUAUCAGCUUAAAUCAGUCAGCACCUUCUCCUCUGACCUCUAGCAUCAACAAGGUAUUUCCACCCACAGGACUGCCGCAUACUGAAUGUUUUUCCCUUUUCACACCAUUCUUUGUAAACCCUAGAAAUGUUUGUGCGUGAAAAUCCCUGAGCAACUGAGCAGAUUGUGAAAUACUCAGACCGGCCCGUCUGGCACCAACAACCUUCCCACUCAAAAUUGCUUAAAUCACCUUUCUUUCCCAUUCUGACAUUCAGUUUAGAGUUCAGGAGAUUUUCUUGACCAGGACCAAACCCCUAAAUGCAUUGAAGGAACUGCCAUGUGAUUGGUUGAUUAGAUAAUUGCAUUAAUGAGAAAUUGAACAGGUGUUCCUAAUAAUCCUUUAGGUGAGUCUAUGACAGUGUAUGAAAAUAUAUACACUAUAUUCAAUUUUUGUAUAUCCACUGUCAUAUAUUCAAUAUAUGACGGUGUUAUUGUCAAGGUUUAAGUGUUCAUAUGACCUUUUGGAAGUCAAUUUAAUAAUAAAGGUCAACUAAAGAAAAUACUUUUCUGAAGGCUUUAUUGAAGGAUUAAAUAGCUUCAUAUGAUAUAAUGAAUACGUCAAUUCACACAGAUUACUUUUUCAUAUAUUUAUGUACUUUGUGAUGUGUGAGAGCUUUUGAUUGAUUAGACUUUCAGUUAAGGAACAGAAAGAGCAAACUUACAAAAAAAACAAAAACUUUGUGCAUCAAACAUGAAGAAAAUUCUUAUGGGCUUGGAUCAAGCGACAACCUCCCGCUCUCUCUCUCUCGUGCACUGACUUAAACUGUAAUUCGUCAACUGGCCGCUAGAGACUGGCUGACUCCCCAUGUUAAAAUGCCCAACUUUAAAUAAAAAAAAAACCCGUUUACAACCUGGUUCAAAAAAUUAUUUAGGUCUAUAUAGAUAAUUUUGCCAUUCACGACAACUGUGAGGGGGUGUUUUUUUUUUUUUUUUAUAACUCAUCCGUUUAAAUUAUAUUAAGCCAUAAAGUUCUGUAUAAUUAUGGGCGCGGCCACUUGAGUGACAGGUGGAUUGCCCCUGGUGACUUUUUGCCCAUUUCUAAUGAUCUGAUUUUCAAUUGACGUGUGGUGACGCACUGCCAAAAUGGCAAUGGCCAACUCCACCUAUUUUGAGCUUCCAAAACUUUCUACAGAAUACUAUGACAUAAGGGUGAGUAGAUGACAUAAUGUUCAUUUUUGGGUCAACUAUUCCUUUAAAUACAUGACUGUGAUUUGUUGAUCCAUCAACCAUCCAUAAUUUUCAGUUCUAUUUUAGGCACUUAAACCUAAAACAAAAACUUCUAUAACAGAUUGUUAAAC